AUGGAACCAUACGGCAGCAGCAUUUUUAGUAAGAUCGUUGUCCGCCAAGAUCUUCGAAGGAGGUACCGGUACCUGAGUCAUUUACCCAUUGGCCGUCCCUUCUAUUUUGUUGAGUUGGAUUUGCAGCCCCCGACUGUCAGCCAAAAGACGUUGGACGAAAUGUCUGACUUGCUUCUAGCUCGUUCUCGAAAGCGCGAGCAGCAGCUGCAAAAGGAGAUGCUUCUGACGCUUGCGAAGGAAGAGGCUGAGAAUCGAAUUCCCACACUCCCUCUUGGUUGCAGGCUGGUGGCUCAUGCCGAUUUGACCGAAGUGCCAACAGACGAAGACUUUGUCCCGCUUUGUGAAAUGUCUGACGUCCAAUCGGGCACAUCUCGUUUCAAUCGUUCUUUCGCUUCAGUAUCUAAAGUCGGCGCUUCUGCUGUCGUAGACAGUCACCGCAUUGCCAAUUUCCCCGAACGCGGUGACGGUGAAACAAAUAGACGAGUUGGUUACAUUUGCGCAGCCGAAUUGUGGCCAUCCCUCACUGAGGCCUCGCCUAUCACAACGACGAAUUCCGGUGCCUGGGCACUGAUAUCAUUCUCUGCACCAGACGCUGGCAUGUUGCACGCGACCUGCUGUGGGUUUGGUGGCUAUGUCGACUUUUCGCAUUAUAAUAUCAGGCUGUUCUACAUCUUAUUGCCUUCCUUACAACUACGUGAUUUGGAGAAUUAUCGUUCUCGUCGGCACAUCCCUCCACUUCUCCAAAACUCAAGUAUUACGCUUAACAGAGUCUGGACAUAG